AUGGCCAGCGCCCGGCAUCUGCUGCUGCUCUGGGUGCUGCCCGCGACCCUGGUGACGACGCGGGGGAAGCACCUGCCGCACUCCCACAAGGUGAGCUACACGUCCCUGCCCCCUAUCGCCGCACGGUCCGGGGCUGCCCGCACCCAGGCCCACGGGGGCUCCCUGGCUCCCAGCCCGCCUUCCUGCCCCGGGGUUUUUUCUCCUUCCGUCCCCCCUCCCGCGCCCAGCCUGCGAGCACAUCCGCCUCCCAAGGCUCUCAGGCCCCCAGGACAGCUGACUCCUGACUCACACCCAGGCCCGUCACCAAGUCCCAAGUCCAGUAGCCCCUGCUACCUGGGACAGAAGCUGCUCCAGGGCCCCGGCAGCGCGGGGUGGAAUGGCAGGGGGCGGGCCCAGAGGAGGGGGGGAGGAGGGCGCAGCGGGUGCCGGGGUGACAGUGCCUUGACUUGGCAGGGCAUCGGGGAGGCCUGCAAGGAGCACUCGGAGUGCCAGAGCGACUGCUGUGUCACCAACAGCCUGAGUCCCCAGAAGUUCUGCAGCCCCCAGACCGUCUUCCAGCAGUGCCUGUCCUGGCAGAAGCCGAAUGGGCACACCUGCCUGGACCACACGGAGUGCCGGAGCGGCUGCUGCGUCACCAGCAGCUACGGGCCGCAGACGUACUGCACGGCCAAGACCAUCUUCCUGCAGUGCGUGCCAUGGCGCAAGCCCAACGGGGACCACUGCACGGACCACAGCGAGUGCCGCAGUAAGUGCUGCAUCCAGGCGAACGAGGUCGGCCCCCACCGCUGCGUCCGCCGGAGCGGCGUCCUGGUCCAGUGCCUGCCCUGGGUGAGUCCUGGAACCGGGUCUGGCCCGCCUGUGGGGCUAACUCCGGUGACUGGCGUGAGGGCGGGUGGGCAGUGACCUGGAAGUGGUGUGUCCCCUCCCAGGAGAGGCCGCCAACUGCCUCUGCAGAUCGGCCUCCGUUCCUGUUUCCUGAAGCAGAGCCCGGAUGAGGCGUCAGAAAAGGACACGGGUCAUGGGUGGUGGGCUCUCAGGUCCACCAGGGUCGCAGCAGGACACGGCGCUGGACGCCCGGUGGAGGGCCAGCACAGCGGCGGGUGGCGGACCCACGGGACGGGGCGGCGCCGGGACUGACUCCUGUGGGGCUGCACCCCGGGCUGGACAAA